GCAGAAAGAGAGAGAGAGAGAGAAGGAUUAUCUUCGUUAUUUUUUGUUUGUUUCAUGUGCCAAGGAUGUAUGAGCAGCACUCAGUUUCUGGCAUCCAGUGAGGCGGAAGCCGGAUUUCUGAAACAGUAAAGUAUUUAUCCAUUGAGACAGAUCUUGUUUGAGGGAGGAUAGAGGGUAAUUGUAAUUAUGAGCUAUGUAUGAAACGAAACUAGCGAUAAGCCAUUUCAAGGGCUGAUCUCUCUCGUCGGUGUGAUUAGCGGAUACAAAGAUAAAAUAACAUAGAUAGUAAUUUAGGGACAGGAAAAAAACUCUAGUGUCGGUUAUGGAAGUGAACAUCGCUGGACAGUCGAAACCAGUGGAAGUGACUUGUGUUGCAGAGGUGAAGCAUCUGGAUAUUGGGGUGUCCAAUACGCUAAAUGGAGGAGAUACGUCUACAUCGGGGGCAUAUGAUGACACGGCUUGUGAAGGAGACCGAUUGUGUGGCUGGUUGUCAGUGCGGCCCAACACCAAGCUUUUGCCUAAAAUAAACAAACAAAGAUAUUUUGUGUUCUCCGAAAAAACAUGUAAACUUUAUCAUUACCGGAGUCAACACGACAUGCUUCCUUUGGGAGAAAUUGAUAUCUACAAUGCUUCUUUCAACUUCGAGGCCAGCAAUUUGGAUAAACCCGGCCUGUUCGAAAUCAGGUCGGAAGGAAAAAUUUAUUCAUUGGAUGCUUCGAAUAAAGUUAAUAUGAUGUACUGGCUUCAGACAUUACAGAAAAAAAGGAGAACAUAUAGCGAAACAAGGGCUAACAAGGACCCAGUGAGACAGGAAUUCAGAGCUUCAUCAUUGGAAAUCAGGGGUUCGACAUUGUCGUUAAGUAAGAAACUGAUGUAUGCCUUGUCAGGAGAAGGGGAGUCCUCAGGUUCAGCCCAGGAGAAUCAAGCACAGUCAAGUUCAACACAAGCAUCAUGUCAGAAAACCAAGGUUUGGUCCUUGGCAGCUUUACGCUCAGAGAUCGUUAAUAUAUUGAACAGUCACAAGCAACAAAGAAAUCCAGUCAGUCUUUCCAUUUCUCCAACACUGAGAAAACGCAUUUUCAACACAGGGAAUACUGCUGCAAAGACCGAUGAGUGGCUCAUGGUCGAUAAUGCUGGAGAAGUUCCCACCGUAACGGUUACAGACGUUUCAAAAAGCUGUGAGACGACCAAAAGUCUGGAGUCUACCAAGAGUUCCGAUUCCGUUCAAAGCAGUGACACAAUCAAAAGUGGGGACACAGCGAAAAUUUUAGACUCUACAAGAUUAACAGAUGAUGAAAAGUCAACUGAUUCUCCUAGGCUGUCAGACAGCUCUAAAAUUGUACAAGACUCUCCACCAACGCAAGUUGAUGGUAGCAGACCAGAUCUAACUAAAACUCGGAGUACUGACAAGAGCAAAAGCCCAUUUAAAUGGAAAAGGGGUAAGAAAAUGCAGAAAGCAGACAGCAUGAGUACAGGAAGUUCUUCACCCUGUGAGAAAUGUCGUUUGACUACCUUACCUAGCAUGAAAAAUCCAUCCUUUGUAUCUUACUGUGAGGAAGUAGGUAUGGACCAUUCUUGCUGCAAGCAAGACUCUGAAUUUGAAAAUCUGGCACUGAAAGAUGAUUUAUCAUCUGUUGAAGAAGAACUCGAAGCCAACAGAGCCGUUGUGUCUUUUCUGCAGAAGGAAAUUGAUCAACUCCAGCGCCAGAUGCAUACAAGAAACGAACUUGAAACGGAGGAGCAGCCUAAAAUUGACGAAAUGUUAAAAAUAAGAGACGACAACAUUGUAAAGCUGGAGCAUUUACUUGCCAUGACGAAACAAGAAAAAGAAAUGCAAUCAGUCAAUAAUAAAAAAACACUGAAUGAAAAUGAAGCGUUGCAGUUGCAAGUGAAGAAAUUACAAGAUGAAGUGAAAGAAAAGGAAGAGUACAUAACUCAACAGGCCAAACAGUUGGAGCAACUAGCAAAGACAAACCAGAAGGAUUCCCUAGUCACUUGGUAUAACGACGAGAGUGUCACAACUAAAACCCUCAGUGAUAACUUCCGGAGGAUUGAAACACUGAAUGAUAUGGUUCGGGCUUAUGAAAUGCAGAACAAAUUUCUUAGCAUAGAAAUUCUUGAGCUCAAUGAACUGAGACAGCAAUGUGAGAAACGAGAGAAAAUACUCAGCAUGGAGCUGGCGAAGCAGGAAGCUAAGUACUACAAAAUUAUGAGCAAGUACCUGAUCAUUUUGAAGAAUUUGGAAAAAGUCUCUGAAGGUGGCAAGGAAGAUAAUAAACCAGAGGUUGUCCGACAACUCCUGAAUGAAGUCCUUGAUUCUGAGUCCAAUUUCAAAGGAGAUUUUGCAUAUUCCCCAACGAAUUCACCUGAGUAUGAUAACUAUGGCUUCGUACGUUAUCCUGCCACUAACGAGGGAGAUUUGCUAUCAACACGAGCCAUUGAAAUGCAGAGGAAAUCUGAAGAACUCAAUACUAGUAUCAAGGAAAUUGAAGAAAAGCGAUUACAUCAAAACAAAUGGGACAAUUUUAUGACUGGUUUGGACAAGAAAGAACUUCAAAGAUGUUCAGAACUGAAAUCUCUAAUUCGUUCUGGAAUUCCUCAAGAACACAGAGAACGGAUCUGGAAUGGAUGCGUAAACUUUUAUGUGUCACACCGGAGAAAGCAUCUACAUGCAGACCACUACCAGAAAUUAGUUGCUCAAGUUAUUAACCAAAAGCCUAAUCCUGAAGCGAAACAGAUUGAACUGGAUCUAUUGCGAACUUUACCGAACAAUAAGUAUUACAUGUCCUUAGAAAGUGAACACGUUCAGAAGUUGAGACGAGUUCUUUUAGCAUUCAGUUGGCAGUGUAGCUCAAUAGGAUAUUGCCAAGGAUUGAACCGUCUUGCUGCUGUUGCUUUGUUAUUCCUGUCAGAAGAGGAGGCCUUUUGGUGCCUCAUUGCCAUUGUGGAAUAUCUUCUACCACAAGACUAUUACAGCUCUACAAUGAUUGCUGCACAAACCGAUCAGCGUGUAUUAAAAGACCUUGUACAAGACAAACUUCCCCGACUACACGGCUACCUAGAGAAAGAAAACAUUGAUUUGUCUUUAUUCACUUUCAAUUGGUUCCUUACCAUAUUUGUUGACAAUGUACCUCCAGAGACUUUCCUACGAGUCUGGGAUGCCUUCUUGUAUGAAGGAAGCAAGGUGUUAUUCAGAUUUGCUUUAGCGUUUUUCAAAGUAUCAGAAGAAGAAAUUAUCAACCAGCCAUCUAACAUGGCUGUUAACAAAUAUUUGCAAGUUCUUGGGGAAAAAAUGGUGAAUAUUAAUCAAAUUACACAAAUAGCAUUCCAUUGGUUGAAUCCAUUUCCGAUGAGGACAGUUGCUUACAAGAGACAAAUUCACAUCCAAACAGUCAAGGCUGAAUUAGCUGAACUCGACGCCAUAAGAGAGGCUUACCGUGAAUCACAGAGAGAAAGUCACAAAGAGGAAAUAAUUUCCCUGGAAAUUAAACCAGACGAAAAAUCCUCUGAUAUUAUCAACAGCGAGGAUGACGACUGAAGGAUUUGACAAUUAUUUUCUUUUAAUGUUCUUAAAGGCUUAGCGCCACUGUUUUUUUUGCCUGUUAAUGAAGCGUAAAGUUCACAGUUUUAGAAAA